AUGAUGCCCCUCCGAGAGGCGCUGACGCCCCGCCGAGAUCGCGCUGGCACCCUCGGCUUCGACGUCGUCUCCUCCUUCUCGCUGGCCGACCCGUCCGCCAAGGCGGCCUUCCUCUCGCUCGCCACCGCGACGGCGACGGUCACGCUCACCCCGACGCACAAGCUGCCCGCCGGCCCGGCAAAGGCGCUCAAGCAGGCGUCCGAGGUUGCCGUCGGAGAGACGAUCUGGCUCGCGUCGCCGGCCGCGGGCACGCUCGCGCCCGUCCUCAAGAUAACCAAGGUCGUGGCCGACGGGCUGCACAGCCCGCUCACCAAGCACGGCGGCUGGCCGGUCGUCGACGGCGUCGCGACCUCGUACAACAGCGCGGCUGUCGUCGCGCGCAACAAGUACCUCCUCCCGCUCGUCGAGGCGGUCUGCCCCUCCCUCGGCCGCCUCGUCGUGGCGGCCGUGAACCCCAAGCCGAUGCACUACAUCGAUGGCGAGGUGGUCGAGCCAAUCUCGUCGCUCGAGGUCGCCGCUGCCGUGGCCGUCACGGCCGCCGCCACUCUUGGCGUGCGCAAGAUCACGGCGCGCAAGUAA